AUGGAUUAUGAGGCGCCUAAUGGCGAUCGCUACGAUGACGAAGCACCUCGCUAUGAGCGUGACAACAGGAGUGCUUCCCCACGACCCGGUCGAGAUGAAAACGACACCGGGCGUCGCCGCUCUGCAUCGCCUACAGCGCAUCCCGAUAGCGGCUCGAAGGAGACAUCUGCUCCCAAGGAUGAUGACGACGGUGCUGUGAACCCCGGGUCUAACCUCUUUGUGACUGGAAUCCACCCGCGUCUGUCAGAGGCCGAGGUUACAAAGAUGUUUGAGAAGUACGGUGACGUUGAGAAAUGUCAGAUUAUGAAGGAUCCUCACUCCAAGGAAUCGCGUGGAUUCGGUUUCGUCAAGAUGGUCACUCCGGAGCAGGCGGAUGCCGCCAGAGAGGGCCUGCAGGGAGAAGUGAUUGAAGGUCGCACUUUGAGCAUCGAGAAAGCUCGCAGAGCUCGACCGCGCACUCCUACGCCUGGCAAAUACUUUGGUCCGCCCAAGAGAGACCCGCGCCCCCGUCUUGAUGAUCGCCGCCGUGGAGGUUAUGGCGGUGGCUACGGUCGUGAUGACGGAAAUCGUUCUCGCGGCUACGAGCGAGGCGGCAACGACAGAGGUGGCUAUGACAGAGGCUACGAGCGCCGCUAUGAUGACCGUGGUGGUUAUGAUCGCUCCUACGACCGUUCUGGCUCUGGCUACGACCGCGGCUAUCGCGAGGACAGACGCCAUGAUGAUCGAGCAGGGUAUGGACGCGACUACGAGCGCAGCGGAUACGACCGCCGGGACCGCGAUGAAAACUAUGGCCGCGAGAGGCACGGCGGACGCGAUGACCGCGACCGCCAUGGACCGCGAGGCGGUGCUGGUGGCUAUGACCGUGAGAGAUACGAUCGUCAAGGUGACCGUGAGUCUGGCCGCCCUCGUGAAUCUGCUGCGGGAGGCUCUGGCGGAUAUGCCGAUUCCGCGUCGCGCUCCGAACCCCGAGAACAAUACGGAGGUGCUGACGCCAUGAUGCGGUAA